AUGUUGAUUGACUCAGGGGCAAACGUCAAUCUAAUUGACGAGAGCACAUUCGACCACAUCAUCAAAAUACGACCGAACAUAGUACUCAAGGAAACGAAUAUCCAACCUAAAGCGUAUGGAAACAUUCCCAUCCCCCUCCGAGGAGAGUUCUUUGCAACACUGACAAAUGGAUCGAAGGGAGUCGCACACAAAAUCCUGGUAACAACAGCAAAACAGGGAGGGAAUAUUCUGAGCAAGCGAGCCAGCUUGGAUCUUGGCCUUCUCAGUAUCCACCAGAAUAACCGGAUUACGACCAGUGAGAUGCCUUCAUCAACCCGGAGGAUACUGGAACUACAUCUACCAGCGCUGAAUGGACUGGGGAGAAUGAGAAACUUCCAACUCAAGCUCGACAUCGACCCAAAUGUCAAACCCGUCGCACAGUCACCUCGGAGAGGACCAUUUCACAUUCGAGGUUGCCGUUGA